AUGGCAUACGAAAUAACUCCUCAUGACUUCUGUUUAAUCGUUAAAAACCCUAAAUGCAAAGGUAAAGAAAUAAACAAUGGCACUGCCAAAGAAGGUCAUCCCAACUGUGACUGGUGCAAAGGCAAUUAUUUUGUCGGUGGCGAGUGUAAUUAUGGUGGCCGGCAUAAAAUGACCGAUGAUUUGCGACAAAUUAACCAAAAUUUUCGGACUUUCGAUACACUAGUUAAACAACAAAUCAAAUUAAGCAAGAGCAAAAACGAGAAAGAAUUUACCAGUAGCAAAAAAAACCUACUGAAUUCCUUCAAGUCCUUAAAAGAAAAAUGUGAAGAUGAAUGUGGAGUUGGGUUUUUUUAUGGUAGUUGUAUUGGUCUCGAUGGCGAUAAAAGCAUUUUUGCUUCUCGCAUCAAAGAAACUUUUAAAAGAUUAGCCAAAGAGUUAGGUUAUUAUAUGAACCAAAUCGAAAACUCUACUUGA